ACUCUCCGGGCUGGCCCUGCCUUCCCACACUGCACCAUCUGUCUCCCUGCCCAUUGACACGCUCCAGGCUCACCCUGCCUUGCUGCUCUUGCCCCACCCAGCUCUUUCCAGUGAUUGUCCUCUGAACGUUGCCAGCUUUUCCAGUGGCUCUUCCUCAUCUCUCAGUACAGGACUUGCCUUCGCUAUCCAGUGCUGCCCUCAAACCAGCCUAUGCUAAAGACGGAGAAGCACCGGAGGGCCCGCAACUGGACGGACGCGGAGAUGCGCGGCCUCAUGCUCGUCUGGGAGGAGUUCUUCGAGGAGCUGAAGCAGACCAAGCGCAACGCCAAAGUGUACGAGAAGAUGGCCAGCAAGCUCUUYGAGAUGACCGGCGAGCGCAGGCUGGGCGAGGAGAUCAAGAUCAAGAUCACCAACAUGACCUUCCAGUACAGGAAAUUAAAAUGCAUGACAGAUAGCGAGUCCGUCCCGCCGGACUGGCCCUAUUACCUAGCCAUUGAUAGGAUUCUGGCCAAAGUCCCUGAGUCCUGUGAGGGCAAACUACCAGACGGCCAGCAGCCGGGGCCCUCCACGUCCCAGACCGAGGCGUCUCUGUCGCCGUCCGCUAAGUCCACCCCUCUGUACUUACCGUAUACCCAGUGCUCCUACGAAGGCCGCUUCGAGGACGAUGGCUCCGACAGCUCCUCCAGCUUACUGUCCCUUAAGUUCAGGUCAGAGGAGCGGCCAGUGAAGAARCGCAAGGUGCAGAGCUGCCACCUGCAGAAGAAGAAGCUGCGGCUGCUGGAGGCCAUGUUGGAGGAGCAACGCAGGCUGAGCCGUGCCAUGGAGGAGACCUGCCGUGAGGUGCGGCGCGUGCUGGACCAGCAGAACAUCCUGCAGGUGCAGAGCCUACAGCUGCAGGAGCGCAUGAUGAGCCUGCUGGAGAAGAUCAUCGCCAAGUCCAGUGGCUAGGCCGCUUGCAACCGCCAGGCCGCAGACRGGCAGCAGGGUCCUGCGGAGGGGACAGGCUUCCACUUGGCCUCCAGGGGCUGCCCCUGGUAGGGAUGUCCCUGAUGAGGACCCCAUGGGCCCUGGGCGACCAUUUGACCCCUAUCUAUCUCCAGCAUUAAUGUCCUUCCUUGGACAAGACCAGGGACUCUCAGGUCACUCCUAGUAAGAGUGUCUAGAACCCACCCUCCACGGUAGUCUUAUCGAUGAUACCUGAAAUGGCUUUUGAUAUUAAAUGUGUACUUUUCACUAUUGCCUGGAAGCAGAGCUCACUUUCUCUGGCUUGGAAGGCCCACACCAGGUUGAUCUGUCCUGCAAAGGAAAGCAAGUGGAGAUAGGUCAGGGUGGGCUGGUGCCCAUGCGCGCUCUCCUGGACCUGCUGCAUCUGCCCUGAGGUAUCUCUGACCCCAAGGCAGAUGCACAGGGCUGCGCUGCCUUCGGUGGCCAGAUGUCACAGCCACCUCCUUAGCAACAACACCAAUAYGAGGAACAGGCUGCUUGCAGGCCUGCCUUACUGCUUUCUGGACCCUGGAGGUCGCCUGGUAAGACACUCCCACUGCAGUCAACAGAGGAGCAGCUGCAGACUGGUCAGUGCUGCAGGGGAGGUCGGCCAGGUGAGGAGCCAGGACCUGGUACUGGAGGACAGUCCGAGCAGCAAAGAGCCAGUGCAAGAACCCAGAGGUGGGGGGUGGCCAGAGCAAGCCCCGGGCAGACAGAGGCAGGCCACCUGCAGCUGGGCCACUUGGUUGUGUGCCUGCCGGGGCACUGCUGGUGUUUUUCAAGUGCAUUCUGAGUUGUCAGCUGCUACAGCUGUGGAUCUGACCUCUGCAGUGCGGGGGGGCUUGGGGCCAAGGCAGCCUCAGUGGCCAGCUUGCUGCACUGCCUCUGGCCUUGCACCAGUUGAGCAGUUCUUUCUAGAAACCCUUGGCUGAAUUAACCU